UCCUCCCGGUGGCUCCAUGAGGACAAAGGGCGUGCCCUCCCUGGCCAGGACGCCCCAGCCUCUCCUCUCGCUGCUGCGGUCCAUGCCAAGGCCCCGGGACAUGCAGAAGCUUCCUGAGGGCCCGACCCGCCACCAUGAGGCCCCACCUGCGGAGACUCGCCCACCUGGGCCGCGCUGCCCGCUGGCUCCUGCUCUUGGCCGGGUUGAUCUUCCUCCUGUUCACCCUGCCCGCCUUCGUGAAGGAACCGAAUACAAAGCCCACCAGGCAUCACAGGACAGAGGACAUUACAGAGAGGUCCUGGCCAUCACUGCAGGAGACCUCGCCCCCAACGCCCCCCAUGGACAGAAGGGCCCCCACCCACGCAGGGUCCACGCAGGAGAGCAGCACGCUGGACACCCGCCCUGAGGCCACGGGCCACUCGGAGGCCACGGGCCACACGGAGGCCACAGGCUACACGGAGGCCGCGGGCCACACGGAGGCCGCGGGCCACAUGGAGGCCACAGGCCACACGGAGGCCACAGGCCACUUGGAGGCCGCGGACCACAGGGAGGCCACGGGCCACUCGGAGACCACAGGCCACACAGAGGUCACGGACCACACGGAGGCCGCGGGCCACACAGAGGCCACGGGCCACUCGGAGGCCGCGGGCCACAUGAAGGCUGGGGGCCACAUGGAGGCCACAGGCUACAUCGCGGCCAGAGCGCCCGGCACAGCCAGGACGGCACUGUUCAGGAGUCAGGGCACCACGGUGGGCACACCGCCCCCGAGCAGUCAGGCGGGGGGGCCGGCCCCCCCUGGGACGGAGGCACCGCGGGUUCUGGAUGCGAGGACAAGCGAAGGGAGGAGGGACAAGAACGAGCCGCCGACAGCCGCGGGGACAGCGCCGGCGCAGCCUCGGGCACCCACGGCCGGGACACCCAGGCUGGAGAGCCGGGCUGAGGCGCUGACCCCCACGGGAGCAGGGUCACCCACGAGGGAAACCAAAGGAGUGACCACAGAGACAGCCGCCCCACGCGCCACCCCUUCCCGGAGCCCCGUGGCACAGACCACCCCCAGGCUGCGGGCCGCCAACUUCAAGGCCGAGCCCAAGUGGGACUUUGAGGAACAAUACAGCUUGGACGUGGGGGGCUUGCAGACGACCUGCCCCGACUCCGUGAAGGUGAGGGCCUCCAAGUCGCUCUGGCUCCGGCAUCUCUUCCUGCCCAACCUCACCCUCUUCCUGGACUCCAGACACUUCAACCAGAGCGAGUGGGAGCGCCUGGAGCACUUCGCCCCGCCCUUCGGCUUCAUGGAGCUCAACCGCUCCUUGGUGCAGGAGGUGGUGACCCGCUUCCCUCCGGUGGCCCAGCAGCAGCUGCUCCUGGCCGGCCUCCCUGCCGGGAGCACCCAGUGCGUCAGCUGCGCCGUGGUGGGCAACGGGGGCAUCCUGAACGACUCCCACGUGGGCCCGGAGAUAGACGGCCACGACUACGUGUUCCGAUUGAGCGGCGCUGUCACUAAGGGCUACGAGCAGGACGUGGGCACUCGGACAUCGUUCUACGGCUUCACCGCCUUCUCCCUGACGCAGUCACUUUACCAGCUGGGCAGCCGGGGCUUCCAGCACGCGCCUCUGGGGAAGGACAUCCGCUACCUGCACUUCCUGGAAGGCACCCGGGACUAUGAGUGGCUGGAGGCGCUGCUCCUGAACCGGACGGUCAAGGAAGGCAGCCUCUUCUGGUUCAGGCACAGGCCCCAGGUCGUCUUCCGCGAAGCCCUGCGGCUGGACCAGUACCUGCUGCUGCACCCGGACCUGCUGCGCUACAUGAAGAACAGGUUCCUGAGGUCGAGGACCCUGGACACGGCCCACUGGAGGAUAUACCGGCCCACCACCGGGGCCCUGCUGCUGCUCACGGCCCUGCAGCUCUGCGACAAGGUGAGCGCCUACGGCUUCAUCACCGAGGGCCACGAGCGCUUCUCCGACCACUACUACGACCGGUCGUGGAAAAAGACCGUCUUUUACAUCAACCACGACUUCGCCCUGGAGAGGACGCUCUGGAAGCGGCUGCAUGACGAGGGGAUCAUCCGGCUGUACCAGCGCCCCGUGGCGCCCAAGCAGAAGGUCUGAUGGGCCCCUCCCAGCCCCAGGCCCGGCGGGGCUGGGAGGGAACAUCAUCUGUCCGUCUGUCCGCACCAUGAGGGACGCCCUGAGACGGCCGUGACUGGCGUUGGGAAAAAAGCUUGGAAAGUUGCCGAAGGUUCUGUCCCGGGACGGGGAGGACAGGGCGCCUUUUCUUUUUUCUCUUUUUUAAUCCUCACCAGAGGGUAUUUCCUGUUGAUUC